AUGGGCGCCGCGCUGGUCACUGACCCGCGGCUGGCCUUCCUGCCACGCAUGGCCUGCGGCACCCUCCGGCGCCAGGCACCCUCCGUUCUUGCCCAGGGCUGCCACUCCAAGUCGGGUCCGCCUCGCCCAGUGCCCCUGAAGAAGCGUGGAUACGAUGUCACCAGGAACCCUCAUCUCAACAAGGGCAUGGCCUUUACACUCGAAGAAAGACUACAGCUUGGCAUCCAUGGCCUGAUCCCCCCCUGCUUCCUCAGCCAGGAUGUCCAGCUUCUCCGCAUCAUGAGAUACUAUGAGAAACAGCAGAGCGACCUGGACAAGUAUAUCAUUCUCAUGACUCUCCAAGACCGCAAUGAGAAGCUCUUCUACCGGGUGCUGACCUCAGACGUGGAGAAAUUCAUGCCUAUUGUGUACACACCCACUGUGGGGCUGGCCUGUCAGCAAUAUGGUCUGACCUUCCGCCGACCUCGUGGGCUGUUUAUCACCAUUCAUGACAAGGGCCACCUUCCAACAAUGCUGAACUCUUGGCCAGAGGACAAUAUUAAGGCUGUGGUGGUGACUGAUGGAGAGCGCAUACUGGGCUUGGGAGACCUGGGCUGCUAUGGCAUGGGCAUCCCUGUGGGCAAGCUGGCCCUGUACACAGCAUGCGGAGGGGUGAAUCCACAGCAGUGCCUUCCUGUCCUGCUAGAUGUUGGCACCAACAAUGAGGAGCUUCUCAAAGACCCUCUGUACAUUGGCCUGAAACACCAGCGUGUUCGUGGGAAGGAGUAUGAUGACCUUCUGGAUGAGUUCAUGCAGGCUGUCACAGAUAAGUUCGGAAUAAAUUGCCUCAUCCAAUUUGAAGACUUUGCCAACGCCAAUGCCUUCCGUCUGCUCAACAAAUACCGCAACAAGUACUGCAUGUUCAAUGAUGAUAUCCAAGGCACGGCCUCUGUAGCUGUGGCAGGGAUCCUGGCUGCUCUGAGAAUCACCAAGAACAGGCUCUCCAAUCACGUGUUUGUUUUCCAGGGUGCAGGUGAGGCUGCCAUGGGCAUUGCCCACCUCCUUGUCAUGGCCCUGGAAAAGGAAGGCGUACCCAAGGCAGAAGCCAUAAAGAAGAUCUGGAUGGUGGACUCCAGGGGUCUGAUUGUCAAGGGUAGGAGCCACCUGAACCAUGAGAAGGAGAUGUUUGCCCAAGACCAUCCUGAAGUCAACUCCCUGGAGGAGGUUGUGAGGCUGGUGAAGCCCACAGCAAUUAUAGGUGUCGCUGCCAUCGCAGGAGCCUUCACGGAGCAGAUUCUGAGGGACAUGGCCUCCUUCCAUGAGCGCCCUAUCAUCUUUGCCCUGAGCAACCCCACCAGCAAGGCUGAGUGCACAGCUGAGAAGUGCUACCGGGUCACCGAGGGCCGAGCAAUCUUUGCCAGUGGAAGUCCUUUUAAGAGUGUGACUCUGGAAGAUGGCAGGACAUUCAUUCCUGGGCAGGGAAACAAUGCCUAUGUGUUUCCUGGGGUAGCACUGGGUGUCAUCGCUGGUGGGAUCCGACACAUCCCGGAUGAAAUCUUCCUCCUGACGGCAGAGCAUAUUGCCCAAGAAGUCUCUGAGCAGCACCUGUCCCAGGGGAGACUGUACCCACCACUCAGCACCAUCCGAGAUGUGUCUCUGAGAAUUGCAGUCAAAGUCCUCAACUAUGCAUAUAAACACAACCUGGCCUCCUACUACCCAGAGCCCAAGGACAAGGAGGCUUUUGUAAGAUCUCUGAUCUACACUCCAGACUAUGACUCCUUCACACUAGACACCUACAGUUGGCCUAAGGAAGCUAUGAAUGUUCAGAAGGUCUGAUGCACUCUCUGGGGCUUGUUUGGGCUGG